AUGGUUCUAAAGAAAAACACAUCACAUCCAGCAUUGACUACCCGUCUUGGAAAGGCUGUAUACCUGCUGAUAGCCUGUGCCAUUUUCACCUUCUGUCUAUACCUAACAUCAUAUCACUCCAAAUCCACAAAAUCUUCAUGUCAAAACCUGACGGCACUACUCUCAUCUGCCGCCUCAUCAAAUCUCACAACUACCGAUGUCUCGCGCUCCCUAAUAUACCAAGACUUUGACCGAAACCCAAACCGAAAAAACGCAACCGUACUCAUUCUCACCCCACUAAAAGAUGCUAGUCCAGUACUACCAAUCUAUUUUGAGAAUGUGAAAAAACUGAGCUAUCCGGAAGAAUUGUUGUCGUUUGGAUUUUUGGUGAGUGAUUCGGACGACGACACAUUUGAGGAUCUGGUCACAUACACCAAUGCAAUGGUUGGUAAAUAUCGACGGAUUUCUAUACUUCAGAAAAAUUUUGGAUUCGUGUUGUCGCAUGGUGAUAGACAUGCGUUAUCUAGUCAGGCACCGAGACGGGCUAUAAUGGCACAGUCUCGUAAUUAUUUGUUGUUUGGUGCGCUGAAUGAUGAAGAUUGGGUGCUUUGGUUAGAUGCUGAUUUAAAGGAGUUUCCGGAUACGCUUAUUGAGGAUCUAAUUGGGUUUGAUACGGAUGUGGUUACCCCCAAUGUAUUUGCACGGGAAAAGCAUAACGGAGUUGACUAUGUUUAUGAUAGAAAUAAUUUUAUCGAGACACGAGAGUCAAAAAAAGUUCUUAAAGGACUAGAUCCCGAUGAUGUAUUAGUAGAAGGGUAUCCCGAUCUUCCAACAUAUCGCCGUUAUCUUGGUGACUUGAGAAACACAAAUAAAGACAUUGUAGCAGUCGAUGGGGUUGGAGGUGCAUGCCUGAUGGUAAAAGCUAACGUACAUCGUGAAGGCGCUCUUUUUCCAACCUUCCCUAUCGACCACGAAUUAGAAACAGAAGGGUUUGCUAAGAUGGCAAAGAGAAUGGGAAAACAAGUUUGCGACCUGACGACGACGUCACGCGUCAAUGCUGGUGAAGAAAACUCUUACACCACGAAAAGUUGGCGUAUCAUUAAAGAUUCCACGAAUUCUCGAUACUUUGAAAAGAACCUUAAACCUGAUUCACAAGAACUAUUUAAAGAAUUAUCGACAGCAGUUGACAUUACGCGUUUCAGAGAACUAUGGGAAGCUGACAUUGAUAAAUUGUCGCAAGACAAAGUGAAAGCUCUUUGGGACAUUCGGGCUGCUGUAAGUCAUAGAAUGUUGCCAGCAGAGUAUCAGGAUGAUGAAUCCUCGGCGGACGAAUGGGAGUCAUUGUUUGGAGUGCAGGUAGAUACACCAGCUCAGCUACAACAUACAAAUUCCCAGCAGCAAAAAUUGCCCGAUGAAUUAGCCACAGUACAAGAGGAAGAUAACAAAGUAGAAAAAGAUGAACUCUCACCACUGCAAAUUCUUGGGUCAGUGUCUCCCAAAAUGAAGUAUCUUCUUGAUGUGGUCCAAGAAAGAAGGACGGAAAUCGAUCUGGGUAAUGAUGAAUUAAAAGAUUUAUUGUUUGAAUUAAGAGCGGUCGGCUCCAAGUGGGCAAAUAAUGAGCGGAUGGGUCAAGCCGAAUUGUACGAGGCUAUGGAUGCGGUGCUUACGGCACUGAGAAAUUAUCCAGAACAUUCAACACCUUUCCUUACGAAAGUGAGUAAACGUGAAGCACCAGAUUACGCAAAAGUCAUCGAAAAACCUAUGGAUUUAAGUUUAAUUGGAAAGAAGAUGAAAAAUCAUAUGUAUAAUUCUAAACGAGAAUUUGCUGAUGAUUUGUAUCUAAUAUACUCGAACUGUCUCAAAUACAAUACCAAUCCGAACAAUCCUUAUCGAGAGCACGCGAACGCAAUGAAAGCCAAAACUGAUAUACUAUUGCGUAGCGUCCCUGAUAUAGUGAUUCGCGAUCGUAGUGAAGCAGAGACUCAAGCAGCGCGUCAUGCGGAGGAAAUCAAAAAUAAUGGGACUGAACGAAGCGCUGACGAGAAUUCUAUUAAUAAUCAAACAACAGCAACAACAGAUUAUAUGGUGCCAGGAAAAAGUGUGCAUCUUUUUGCACGAAACGACACUUUAAUUGAAGAAGACGACGAGGAUGAAGUACAAACUCUAGAAAUUACUGAACAAGACGCGGAAGGAACAACCGAUGAUGAAUUGGAGUAUGAUGAUUACGAAGAAGAGGAACUUAUCAAGCAGUUCAAAUUACAAAAGAUGCCCGAUAUUUGGGAUCCAGUUCGCGAUAAAGAAACUCGUGCAAGGAUGUUUAAUGAUAAUUAUGACGCAAGUAACAAUCAGCCCACGCUAGACGCUUAUCCAUCCGCCCAAAUCCCAUCACGAGGUACUGCGGCUUUGAUUAAUCGGAAUAUUAACCUACUCAAAAAAAAUCGCGCAGUACACGCUAAACUUGGUAUAAUUAAACAGAGUCAGCCUGGUCUUGUUAAUCAAUUCGGCACCAUGCUAAAUCAAAUUGAUCCAGCAUCUCCCGCAGAGCCACCAGAACAAAUACCUGGAUCAUCUAGUUCAACUGUAAACGAAGAAGAUUUGCCGCCUCUCGUCAUGACUAAAGAAUUAGGCCAUGAAAGUAUGACUCGUGUCGUUACAAAGUUAUUACAACAUGCAGGAUUCGAAGCUGCGCAAUCAAGUGCACUACAAGUGUUGACAGAUGUGGCAGAGGAUUACUUUCUCAACCUUGGAAAGAGUAUUCGUACAUACCUUGACGACUACACGAGAUCUAUGACUCCGGAAGAAAUUAUCCAACAUAGUCUAUUUGAGAAUGGCGUGCCUGGUGUGAACAUUCUUGAGUCAUAUGUCAAAGAUGAGGUUGAACGAUAUGGUUCUAAAUUGGCAGACAUUCACCGACGUCUAGAAACGACAUAUCAAGAAUCAUUGAUGAAAUCGAUCUUUGAUGAUGAAGAAGCUUUUAUAACUGGUGAUUUUGGCGGCGAAUUAAUGGACGAGCUCGAUAUCUUUGGCUUUAAAGAAAUGGGUCUAGGAAAUAUGAAAAUACCUACCCACUUGUUACGUCCAAAGAACAAGAAUGAUUUGCUAAAACCGGGACUUGGUGGAAAAGAAGCAUCGGCAUAUCCAACUCCACCGCCGUGGAAACCAAUAACCGAUGCAAACACAUUGAUAGGGCUUCUUCGACCAUUCUUCGCUAAAAAACUGGAAGAUUCAGGUGGCAAUUUGAUUGAGGACGAGUUACUUCCUCCAAAGCAACGCGUGUUCCGACCUAAAGUCCCAAUCACCGGAAUAAUACCCAAACAGCCAAAAAAUAAAAAACCAAUCAAACAACCGUCCCAGCAAGAACUCGCGCUCAAAGAAGAGAAAAAACGAAAACGAGAGUUAGAAGCAGCACAGCAGCAGCAAGAGCGCGAAGAGAGAAAACGAGCAAAACAGGAAGAUCGUCAGAAAAAAGCGAGAGAGAGGGAAAUCCAGAAAAAACAAAAGGCGGCUGAAAAAGCUGCUGAAAAGGCUGCCAAAAAAGCCGCACAAGAUAAAAAGCUAAAACAAAAAAAGGCGGCGGCACAAGCAUCACCAUCAACGCCAACAACAAAAGUUCCAGAAGUAGUAAUUGUCCCUCGCGAGGAAGGUGCCGAGCAAGACACUGAAACUAUUCCCCUCGUUAGGCGACUUAAGAAUAAGAAGCGCGUUCGUACGGAUGAGCUUGGUGAAGGAUCAUCUAGCAAAAAAAAAGAUGUUUUCCUAUCAUUGAAAAUGCAACGAUACCAAAUCGCGUUAACCGAUUGA